GCGUUACUGUGUGUGAAUUCAGUAGUAUCAAUUUGACGUUUACAACCGAUGAUAACACACCGUUUUAUCAUUGUUCGCGUUGGUCGUGCGCACUCGAGAUAACAGUAUCAAUAAACGCCGGAUAUUCAGAGUGUCGUCUGGCGCUCGAGUGCAACUCGUCGGUACGCGGACCGUAACUGCAUAGUGUACAAGUGUGUUUGGAAUCAAUCAUAAAUUGGGACCGGUUGGGAAAAACAAUACCGCAUAAAUACCGUACCUACCGGCACUAGAAUUGUGAUUAAUACUACGAUGUAACGACACUCUCUGGCGUACUGUACGUGUUGAAUAAUUAUUUUUUGCCGAUUGUUCCGUUUGACGAGAACAUGUAAUUACGUCGGCGGCUGAACGUACAUAGUCAAAAACACGUUUACACCAUGAGCUCUCGAGAUGUUCUGUAUCGGUUGCGCCGAAGUUUGGAAAAAAUCAAAAUAUCGAAGAAAAUCGCAAUCGUGAUCACGUUUAUAGUCACCUUUAUACUUUAUCUUAGCCCGUACUGGAGAUUGUCUAACAACCGGAAUCUUGAAUACGAUGAAUUGUUUAUGAAAAAUGGUCUAUUUGAAAAGUUAUCCUUUCAUAAACAAGUUUAUGAUGUUUUUGAUGCAAAUAUUAUGCAUGAACCAAUAGAUAUUAAUGAAAAGUCUUACAAAGAAUUUAUAGGAAAUGGUUAUUUUGGCGUUUCACUUGAUUAUGAUUCUCCAAUUUACAUAAAAGGCAUUAGAGCACUGUCUAUACCUAUUUAUUGGUAUCCAAUCAUAAAAUUAAAUACUGAAGUGCCAUCACAGUUGGCUACAGUUGUAAAUUAUAAAACUGGUAUAGCGUAUCGAUAUGAAUGUUUUGCUAAUAAACUUCAAAGUAGUAUAAAAUACUUUGCAUUUCGAGCUUUACCAACAAUUUUAGUUCAGGAUAUAGAACUCACAAAUCCUACUAAUUUUGUAUUAUUUGCCAAAUUAAAUCAACUUCCAUUUAAAGCGCAUGCUUGGUCAAUGUAUAAUACACGUGUGAUGAAACUAGCAGAACAAGAUGGAAAUUAUGUAGUUAUCUCUGGAAUUAGUACUUCUACAUCUGACAAUCCCAUUUAUGGUGUUUCUAUUACAUAUUAUCAAUUUCCAGCACAUGUUAAAGUAAUGCCACACAAUAUAUUGAAGUUGCGCAUAUUAAUGUCUAUAGAAUAUAUAGUAUUAAAACAAAAAUCAGAUUUUUCCACAGUUAGGUUAGAUUUAGAAAAAAAAUCAACUGAUUCAAUAUUGAAAGUUACACAAUAUAAAAAUAUUGAAAAAACACAUAUUGAUAUUUGGGAAAAACUAUGGAGUACUGGAUUUUCAAUUAGUGUCUCAAAAGCUAAUGAUGUUUUAAAUGGAGAUUUAAUCAAUGCAACCAUGUAUAAUGUUUUGUCCAGUGUUCGAGCUCCUUUGUUUGAAAUAUCAUCUUCUCCUGCCAUUCUAGCCAAAGUCUCUAAUAGUCUUUCAUAUAUUGAAGGUUGUUAUGGUGCAAACCAUGAUACUUUACAAGCUGUAAACUUAUGGUCAGAUCUUUCUACAAUUGAAAAAGUUCACAGUGCAGUAUCAUUGUGGAUUAUUACUUUGGAAAAGCAGGGAUGUCAUAAUUUGGUUAAUGCAGGAGCAUCAGGAAUAGCGCAAGCAAUGGUAUUAAGUUUUGGUAAUUUCAGAUUUAGCAAUCAACAUUUGGAAUUUAAUAUGCACCCAAAAUUUUUACACAGAGACUUUCAUUUCAGGCGUCUAAAUUAUGGCAAUAUGACUCAUAUAAAUGUGACAGUUUCAGUUCAAGAAAAUAAUAAAGCAGUUAUUUCUGUAGCUGUAGAUCGAAGCGAUAGAAAUUAUUAUGCGUGUGAUGGUGGGUGUUUAGAUGAACCUGUAUUAUUAGGGCCAGAGUAUAAAACGUUUCCAGUCAAGUUAACAGAUCCUGUAACUGGAAUAUUAUAUAUCACUUAUGAUAAAAAACACAUGGAAGAUUUAAAACAUGCAAUUCAUGUUAAAGAAGUUUCAGAAGCUCCUGCACAUGAACAUCAUGUAAUAGCACUACACAAACAUGGUCAUCGUCUUGGAGGGUUGCCAACAUUCUUCUGGGUGGCAAUUGGUUGUUUGAUUGUCGUGUUUCACUUGUUUCUAUUCAAACUUAUUUACAAUGAAUAUUUUAAUUGGCAAGAUAAAUCUAGAAUAAAAUAUGGUGAAAUGACUGAAAAAAGUUAUAAGAUCAUAGUAUAAUAAUACCAAUCCUAAAAAAGAUAUAAAUAUUUAAACUAACUGUGAUGUAUAAUUUCUAAGUUUUCACAUAUUAUAAAC